AUGGCUUCCGAUGGACCUCGACAGUGUGUGCCCUUGACCUGCCAUGGUCAUUCGCGGCCCGUUCCACACAUCGGCUUCUCUGCCCUGGGCAAAGAUGGCGCCUACUAUAUGAUAUCCGCCUGCAAAGACAACAACCCCAUGCUCCGCGAUGGCCAGACCGGCGACUGGAUCGGCACCUUUAUAGGGCACAAGGGCGCGGUGUGGCAGGCGAGAUUGAGCCCUGACGCUUCUGCCGCCGCCACAGCCUCCGCCGAUUUCACUGCCAAGGUCUGGGAUACCCACACCGGCGAGUGUCUCUUCACCUUGUCGCAUGCCCACAUUGUGCGAGCUGUCGCCUACCCUCCCGACAACUCCGAGUUGCUCGCCACGGGCGGCCUGGAGAAGAAGUUGCGCAUCUUCGACUUGUCCGAGUCGGGCAAUGCCGCCCCCGAGGAUGCCAAGACGUCGACCGAUGGCAUUACCGUCAAGGCCGAUUCUGCCUUCGAGGUCGGCGCCGGCGUGCACACAGCCUCGAUCAAGUUCAUUGUCUGGACCAGAGACCCCAACAUCCUCGUCACAUCGUCCGGCAACACUCUGCGCUGGUUCGACUUGCCCAGCCGUAGCGUGAUCAAGGAAGAGGUUUUGGAUGGCGAGAUCGGCUCGUGCGAGUUCAACGCCCCCGCCCCCGAGCUGCAGGAGCAGUCCGACCUUGGAGGGGGCCUGCCCGUCCUGGCCGUGGCCGCCGGCAAGUCGGUGUACUUUUGGGGUGGUGCCCGUGCUAUGGAUGAGCUCAAGCGCGUCAAGCUGGACUACAAGGUUGCCAGCGUCGCUAUCGACACCAAGCAGCGGAGAUUUAUCGUCGGCGAGGAUAUUCCCGCCACGUGGGCGCGUGUCUACCGAUGGGACGACGGCAGCGAGUUUGACAUUCACAAGGGCCACCAUGGUCCUGUCUGGUCGAUUGCCUACUCGCCCGACAACAAGCUCUAUGCUACUGCUUCCGAGGAUGGUACUAUCAAGCUGUGGAAGAACUGCGACGGGCCGUAUGGUCUGUGGCGGCAACAAGGUGACGGGAAGCCCGCCGAAUAG